GGCCCCGGCCUGGGACUCCCCGACCGCGCGCAGACCUGGACUGGGCACCGCUGCGGGCUUUAGGCUGUGCAGCGACGAGUCCCUGCGCUGCCGGCGGGGAAACUGAGGCCUGGGCGCUUGGGGCGGAGCUGGCCCCGGGGCGAGCCCGAGCCCCCGCCCCCGGCCGGCCCCGCCCCGGCCCGUAAGAGGCCCCCUGGGCUCGCGGCAAAGCAGCACAGCGCGGCGCGGGGGCCGGGACCGGGAUCGCGAUGGCAGCUCAGCGGCUGGGCAAGCGGGUGCUGAGCAAGCUGCAGUCUCCGUCUCGGGCUCGCGGCCCGGGGGGCAGCCCCGGGGGGCUACAGAAACGACACGCGCGUGUCACCGUCAAGUACGACCGGCGGGAGCUGCAGCGGCGGCUGGACGUGGAGAAGUGGAUCGACGGGCGCCUGGAGGAGCUGUACCGCGGCAGGGAGGCAGACAUGCCUGAUGAGGUCAACAUUGACGAAUUGUUGGAAUUAGAGAGCGAAGAGGACAGAAGCCGGAAAAUCCAGGGACUCCUGAAGUCGUGCAGGAACCCCACAGAGGACUUCGUCCAGGAGCUGCUGGGGAAGCUACGAGGCCUCCACAAGCAGCCCGGCCUCCGCCCGCCCAGCCCCUCCGGGAACCACAGCCUGAGCCCCAUCCAGGACUCGGCCAGGACCGCACCACCCUGACCUUGCCUCCGUGGCCCCCUCCCUUCUCCCCUACCCUCCACACCGUCCUGGUUUGUUUGUAAGUUGUAUGUAAUGGUUCUGUAACAACA